AUGGUAUCUGAGACUGGGCAAUGCCUUAUUGAAAGUUCCCACUGCGGAAUAACCACUCAGCUGAUCCUGCAGAUAUUUUUCACAUUUGGUUCACAUCCUCCCUUCUCAGUGGUUGCCUACAACCCUGGAGAAGACCAGAAGCCCUACCUGGACAAGUAUCUGAGGAGGUAUGCUGCCUUGGGGGAUCUGUGCUGCCAAGAGGAGGAGUUACAGGAGGAAGUGAGCAGGCUGUGCAGCAUCAGGGAAGAGGAAAGGGAGAUAGACGGGAUCUUCUCUGAGACUCAACAGCUUGAAGAGCCACCACCCCCAGAGAAGCUGGCAGUGUCCACCCCUAAUAUGAAGGUGAUGGAGCAGCUGAUCCGGGAAACAAUUUCCAGGCACAUGAAUGAUGAGAAAAUCAUCAGGAGUAGUCACCAUGGCUUCACCAAAAGGAAGUCAUGCUUGACCACCUUGAUAAACUUCUACAAUGUAAUGACUGUCCUGGGAGGGUUGGUCUUCAGUCUGGCGGUAGUUGUGGGCUCCCUCCAGAGACGCCUCAGCACAGGCAUCUCCACCCUGAAAGAAGUCAUCACCUUGAAAAUGAAGAGGCUCUUCACGAUCCUGAUCUUGAUGACCCUAGGGGCUCUUGGUCAGUAUUCGCCUCCUACCAGCGGAGGCACAGAGGCACGGAGUGCGAGCUUCAGUGUGAGGGAGUGGAGCUGCUCACGCCUGCUGCGGGACCUUGAUGCUGAUGUGGACGCUGUGGACAAAGGAUGUACCACAGGCUUGGAGGCUCCGGGAGGGGCUGGGCAGCUCUCUGACAAGAUCUGCUUUCCCGGUGUCUGCAGGAACACGCUCGCUCUGUGGGGGGAACAAUCGCAACAGACGCAACAGCUGAGGGAUGAGGUGGCACACCUGGCUGCAGAGAUCGGCACUAUGAAGAAGGAAGUUCAGCAAAUGAGAGAGGCAGUGUCUGCAACCACACAGAUGUCUGACUGGGCUCUGAAAAGUGCAGGGGCUGCCAUCGACCUGCACAGAUCAUCCAGCAGCUCUGCAUGGCUCUGCAGGGUGUUUUGGUUCCUGUGUGCUCCACCUCUUCUGGAUACCUUUGUGCAGACGGAUGCUUCCCCGGGAUAUUGCUGGCCUUUCCAAGGGUCUCGGAGUGAGGUGCUAAUCCGGUUGCCUGCACAAGUAUGACCAACGGCCGUCACCAUACAGCACACCUCCAAGAUAGCCUCUCCGCUGGGGACUGUCAGUAGCGCCCCCCGAGAUUUCACGGUCUCAGGACUGGAUGAGGAAGGCAAGGAUGAAACUCUGCUGGGGACAUUCACCUACACCGCGCAUAAAGAGCCCACCCAGACCUUCCCUCUGCAGAAUGGGAACCCCAGAGCCUUUCGGUUUUUGAAACUUGGCAUACAGAGCAACUGGGGAAAACCAGGAUACACUUGCAUUUAUCGCGUGCAGGUGCAUGGGAAGAUCGUGGGAUCGAGUGCCAUCAGCCAGACAUGUGUGGAGACCCUCCCUCACUAA